AUGCCAGCAGUUGGGAUUGAUUUGGGCACGACCUACUCCUGCGUCGGUGUUUUCCAGCACGGGAAGGUUGAGAUUAUUGCCAAUGACCAAGGUAACCGCACGACACCCAGUUAUGUGGCUUUUACGGACACUGAACGACUCAUUGGUGAUGCCGCGAAAAACCAAGUGGCCAUGAAUCCAAGCAACACCGUCUUUGACGCGAAGCGUCUCAUCGGACGCCGAUUCAGUGACCCCUCAGUCACCGCCGAUCGCAAGCACUGGUCGUUUGAAGUGAUCUCCGAGAAUGAUAAGCCGAAGAUUCGAGUGGAGUACAAAGGUGAGAUGAAAACAUUCUCGGCUGAAGAGAUAUCUUCCAUGAUCUUAAUGAAAAUGAAGGAAGUUGCUGAGGGAUACCUGGGUAAGAAGGUCACGGACGCUGUGAUCACUGUCCCGGCCUACUUCAACGAUAGCCAGAGGCAAGCAACUAAGGAUUCCGGUGCUAUCGCUGGUCUUAACGUUCUGCGCAUAAUCAACGAACCCACUGCUGCUGCCAUAGCCUAUGGAUUGGACAAAAAGGUUGGUGGGGAACGUAACGUGCUUAUUUUUGAUUUGGGAGGCGGCACCUUCGAUGUAUCCAUUCUUACCAUCGAGGAUGGAGUCUUCGAAGUGAAGUCUACUGCAGGUGACACACAUCUUGGUGGCGAAGAUUUCGACAAUCGUAUGGUUAGUCAUUUCAUUCAAGAGUUCAAGAGGAAGUAUAAGAAGGACAUCAGCGAUAACAAACGUGCUGUGCGUCGUCUACGUACUGCUUGUGAACGGGCGAAGCGCACGUUGAGCUCCAGCGCGCAAGCAAACAUUGAGAUCGAUUCACUCUUCGAGGGCAUUGACUUCUACACUUCAAUCACGCGUGCACGUUUUGAAGAGCUCAACGCGGAUUUGUUCCGCAGCACGCUCGAUCCGGUUGAGCGUUCCUUGCGCGACGCUAAAAUGGAUAAGAAUCAGAUUCACGAGAUCGUGCUUGUCGGUGGUUCAACCCGUAUCCCCAAAGUUCAGAAGUUGCUGCAAGAUUUCUUCAAC